AUGAGCUGCCUCCCUAGGGUAGACUACCUUACGGUCGACAAUCAUUGCGAGCACAGACAGAGUGUGCUUCUCAGCAUGGCCGACAACGAUCAAAACGCGGUGGCGGAACACGUGGUACCUUGUGCCUGCUCCUCCAUCCCGAAGAAUGCCUGGGCAUCGCAUCGUCAGACUGACGGAGACCUCUACAGGCAUCACCGCCUCCUCAUGAGGUCGACGGAGAUGAUGUCGACUCAGCGCUGGGCGAGGAUGUCAAGCACCACAUCCGAGCAUCGACGCGAGAAUGGCAGGACAUACCACCGCUACCGCGGCGGCGAAAACGACUACUGGGGUCCCAAUGACGAACAGCAAAACGAUCAGCUCGACAUGGGCCACCACAUGCUCACAAUCCUGCUGGACAACAAACUGUAUCUGGCUCCAAUUGAUCCCAGCAAUGCCGCCGCGUCCUAG